UUUCGCAUCCCCAUCCCACCUUACACUACAAAAUGGAUCACUCGACGCGUUUCCGAGUCCACAAUUGGCUCCGCAGUCGUAGGAAGCUCUUCCAGAGUAGAAUGUGUUUAUUGAUGCUGGUCAUGAUCAAUUUCGUAAAUAGUGUUAUUUUAACGUUGGAGAUUUGUGGAGAGGAUUCAAAUAUGACACUUCUUAUGUUCUUCGUGAAUACAUUUGUCGUAUUUCUUUCAAUGUACGGACUAUACAAUUUCCGUCCCGUAUUCCUAUCUCCAAAUGUGCUCCUCAAAAUAAUUCUCUCAUCAUCUGCACUUUUCUACGGUCUCCAGAUGGCUGAAACUACCUCGAACUCUGCAAUUUUUGUGUGGUUAACCAUCUCGAUUGUUUUCUUCAUUUUGGAAAUUCAUACUAUGUUUUCGACGACAUUUGAUAUCAUCAAACAACUCAAUUUAAGAGCCUACAGUAAACCACCACCAAAUUAUAAUCAAGUUAUGUCGAUAGACGUACCUCCACCAUCCUACGAAGAAGCUCUCGUACGGCUGGAACAGAAUCGAACGGCUGCUAAAAAUCAGAGCUCUCCAAAACCAGAUCAACCUGCUCAAUUGAACACUUGUGAUUUAGCUCAUCUGGUCGUAUAGUUUUCUUCGUUGAAAACCUUUUUAAUAGAUUUAUUAUGUGUCUGUACAUAUUUUAUGUGAUUUCUAAUUUCCUCGGUCAUCACUUUUGUUCACCUGUGAAUGUUUCGACAGAUAAUCGAAACGGGUCAUUUGUUAUCGAAAAAUGAUCUCUGCGACUAACUUUUCCUAGGUUUUUUGAUACCUGAUUGAAAAGAUAUUUGAACUUUGACUUAUCUUUAUUUGAUACGAACGCUUAAUGAAUUAUUGAAUUUUU